AUGAGGUACAAAUGGCUAGAUGGAAAACUUCCAGGAACAGCAAAGAAAACAGUUUUCAGAAAACUAAUAAUCGAUCAAUUUGGAAUGACGCCAAUUUUAAUAUUUGUAUUUUACUCAGGUAUGAGUAUAUUGGAAAGAAAACCUGAUAUUUUGGAAGAGUUCAGAACAAAAUUUGCUACAACUUUUGCUACAAGUUGCUGUUUUUGGAUACCAAUGACCACCAUCAAUUUCUUGCUAGUACCACCGACUAUGAGAGUGGUUUAUGUUGGAUGUUGUACUUGCAUUUGGAGCAAUAUUCUAUGUUAUAUUAAAAGUUUAAAAUAA